AUGUUAACAAAAUUAUUAGUGACUUUCGAUUGUAAUUUUUUGGCAAAACGUGUUGCAGAAAAUUUGAUCUUCCCCUCCAGCGCUGGCGUUUGGCAGCGCCCCACGCGGCGCGCUUUUCACGCUUGUCAGCGCUCGCGUCUAAAAACUGUCGGCUAUAACUCGGCUCUUGCUAAAAAUCGCGCUUGCAUUCGCUCGUACGUGAAUAAUUGGCAGAAGAAUUUCAAUCGCAACAAUGAACAGCGCAAGACCAUACCGAAGCUGGUCUACUUGCAUAAUCCCUGGAAAUAUUUUGUCACCAAAUAUAAUUUGUUGAAGCUGCGUUUGCUGUGGGAUAGCAGUUUCACUGAGAAGGACUUCAUACGUGGUUCAAAGCAGGCAGCCAUUGUGCUUACCGAUAUAAUACGCACUCAGAAUACCGGGAAAAUUAGUCAAUUCACCACACCAGUUGGAUUUCAACAAAUCACGCGUGAUAUGUUGCUUUCACGAAAUGAUUCACGACUCAAAUUGGUGAAAUUCGACACGGAGCAUAUACGCAAGGCGAUACCAAUGAAAGUGGCGACGCGAAAGAAUUUCGGGCGCCGUUAUUGCUUCAUCGAUAUGCUCUUUGUCGGCAUGCGAAAUACGAAAGACUUCGAUUCGGCCGAAGAGUUAGUGGAAAUAAACGAUGUUUUGCGCAAGUUGGACCAAGACUUACGCACACCCAUCGAGGUUACCUCGGUGCCACAUCGCAUCGUCUUUGCCGAGAUUUUCAUGCGUUUUCGGCGCGACUACACGCGUCAAACCAAGGAUUCUUCGAAUAAUGUGCGGGAUCCCGAUUGGUCGGUGUCCUUUUACAAAAUACUCACAUUCGAUGUGCUCAACUACGAUCCGCGACCAUGACGCUAGCAGAGAGUGGGAAGGAGUUAAUCAAUGAAAUUAAAUUAAAUUAAAAUAUGUAUAUAUUUUUACGAUUUGUAUGAAAUAUCAUAUCCAAAGCA